GGACUGUUCUCCACUUAUCAGUGAGGGUAAAAAUAAACCCAGUGAGUGAGAAGAGUGACCCACAGCUCCUCACAUAUAAGAAUCCAGAGGAGAGGCUGAGCUGGUUUUCCUCUGCAUCUCUGCUGCGUGUCAGAUCAGAGCAAACAUGUCAGACAACGAAGAAGUGGAAGAGUACGAGGAGCAGGAGGAAGAGCAAGUGGAGGAGGAGGAGGAGGUGCAGGAGGAGGCGCAGAAUGAUGAAGAGGCUCAGCAGGAGGAGAACGCAGGAGGAGAUGAAGAGACCACUCAGGAACACGAGGAGGCUAAGCCCAAAUUCCUAAAACCAUUUAUGCUGCCAAAUCUGGUGCCUCCAAAGAUUCCAGAUGGAGAAAGAGUCGAUUUUGAUGACAUCCACCGUAAGCGCAUGGAGAAGGACCUGAAUGAGCUGCAGACGCUGAUCGAAGCUCACUUUGAAAGCCGUAAGAAGGAGGAAGAGGAAAUCAUCAGCCUCAAAGACAGAAUUGAGAAGCGUCGUUCGGAGCGAGCAGAGCAGCAGAGAAUCCGCAGCGAACGCGAAAGGGAGCGACAGAAGCGUUUGGAGGAGGAAAGAGCUCGCAAGGAGGAAGAGGAAGCCAAAAAGAGAGCAGAAGAUGAUGCCAAGAAGAAGAAGACGCUCACCAGUCUGCACUUCGGCGGUUACAUGCAAAAGAUAGAGAGACGGAGUGGAAAGAAACAGACUGAGAGAGAGAAGAAGAAGAAGAUUCUCGGUGAUCGACGCAAACCUCUGGACAUUGACAAUGCCAAUGAAUCUGCUCUCAGAGAGAAAGCAAAGGAAUUGUGGAGCUGGAUGCGUGAACUAGAAGCAGAGAAGUUUGAGUUACAGUAUCAGUUCGGCAAACAGAAAUAUGAGAUCAAUGUCCUGAGGAACAGAGUCAGUGACCAUCAGAAAUUGUCAAAAAGAACCAAGCGAGGCCUCAGAAAGUGAAUGCUGUGCUGAAAAACACACUUGAAUCCUCACAAAUCCACCGAAAUCAUGAAGAGAGGAGCUGACCACUGUUGAAAAUUUAUUUUCCCUCAGUUAGAUUUCACUGAACUAUGUAGAUUUUACCUGAAUAAAAAUAAUGAAAAAAAAAAGUUGUUUUUUAUGUUUUUCGGUUAAAGCUACAAUAAAAUAUCCAAAACCGACUA